AAAUAAAACUCGCGAGAAAGAGAGGCUUAAUGUAGGUAGGCUUUUUAUAGUCGUUGUCCCGAUGCGCUGGCGCACGGAAGUAUCGGAGCUUGAGUAUCGAGCCUAAUCUCAUUCUAAUAAAAAGCUCACGCAUAUAUUGCCGCGGUGUCAUUAGUUUUGAAUAUUUUUUUUUUAAAUAACGACAUGUUUAUAGAAGCGCAGUGUGAGGUUCUAUAGGUGUUAAAUUAUGUUCGGCACGUGCGGUUUAUGGUUAUUUUUAUGGUCGUAUUAUGACAUUUUAUUUGUGGUGUUUUGUGAAAAGGGCUGUUGAUAAUUGAGCAAUCAUUGUGACUUCUUCAGCCGGACUGUGUGGUCGUGUCUUUUUUGUUUAAUAAAAUGAAGUUGUUUGUGCUUUAGUGACUUAUUUGUUUUUAUUUGAGGAAGUUUAUUGUUUUUGAAAAUCAAAAUGUUUUUGAGAUUCGAGCCAACAAAAUCCACAAAGGGCGCAAGCAAGAUGCGCCGGGACCUCAUCAACGCUGAGAUCUCGAACCUUCGGGACCUCCUCCCCCUGCCCCCCUCCACCCGGCAGAGGCUGUCCCAGCUCCAGCUGAUGGCGCUGGUCUGUGUGUAUGUGAGGAAGAUGAACUACUUCCAACAAGUGUUCAAAAGUCACGACUUCAGCUAUCAGUAUCAGGAGCAAGCAACUCCCACACCUAAUAUUGGAUUUUCAAAGGCUAUGAACGGGUUUAUGAUGAUGAUGACACAGAAUGGGAAACUGUUGUAUAUUUCGGAAAAUGCAGCUGAAUAUUUAGGACACUCUAUGGAGGACCUAUUAAUCCACGGAGACAGUGUGUACGACAUAAUAGACAGACAAGACCAUCAGACGGUCCAAAUGGAGCUGAACAGAGGAGACUCAGAGACUGAGAAUGUACCAAAGAAUAGGCAUUUCUUCUGUAGGAUGAACGUGUCUAGGAACGCCAGGAGACAGAUGAGAUUUGGCGACCAAAAAAUAGUUCUUGUAAGGGGUCACUACGUAUCGUACCUACCGCUGUGCAGCCGCAACGAGCCCGUGUUCCUGGCCGUGUGCACGCCGCUCGCGAUGCCCGAGACGCGCGAGUGCGUCGUGCACGGCGCCACCAACGUGUUCACCACCGUGCACGCCAUGGACAUGAAGAUACUGCACAUCGACGCCAAUGGCGAGUGGUACUUGGGAUGGCAGAAACACGAACUGACAGACGUGUCCUGGUACCAACUACUGCAUUGGGAUAGUUUACGGGAAGCGCAGAGUAAACAUAGGUUAAUAACGCAAUCAGAGCAGGACAAAUGCUGCAUCCUCCUGGUGAAGCUGCAGCAGAGGACUGGCCAGUUCCUAUGGGUACAUCUUGUGUUGCAAGUCAAGGAUGCAGCGGACUCGCCGAGGCAGUUCAUAGUUGGGACUAACCAGAUAUUAACUGAAGAAGAAGCGUCAAUAAUGAUGGCCAACUCCUGGCUGUAUCAGUACUACGGUUACCAGAACCAACCUUGCGGCAUGAUCGACCCCCGCUGCCAGAAGUUCUUCCGACGGGAACCCUACCAAGAACCCUAUCAGGAACCCUACUACGUUGAGAGCCAAGAAGUGGAGUACCCUGGGUACCAUGUGUCGUCGUAUGUGCAGCCGAAGACGAGCGAUGAGUUUGGCUGUGAAAGGCUCUAUUCUGAUCGAGGACCGGUGGACUAUUCGACGCAUUCACCACAGUCUACUAUUAGUGAAGAAAGAUCUCCGCACCACUACGACGCUCUUCCGGAAAUGGUGGUCAACAGCAAUAUGUAUAUGUACCCACAUCCUGGGAAGAGGGAGUACUUCGAACAGUACCCCAAAGUACCUUACAUGCAAAGUCCCUGCACGAGCACAACCAUAGACGCCACAGACUACCCACUUCCGAAAAGGAUGCGUGUGGCCCCCACUCCCCUCACCCUUGAAGACGACGGCAUGGACCGGUGGAACCCCAGUCCUCCCUGGUCGGACACCACACUCAAACUCGCAGACUACACCCAGAGGUUCACCUACAACCACAUGAUGAUGCCACCCGCUGAAAGAGCUAUGGUUACUUAAUUGUAUCAGAAUAUGUUGUGAUACAGAGUAAUUUUUAAACACUGCAUAAUUUUUUUAAAUAUACUCGCUCAAUAGAUAGAAUACAAUAACUUCUAAAAGAAAUUAAUAAUAAGUAGGACCAUGUGAAUUCCUACCAUUGAGAGGGGAUAAUAAUUUUGGGGAUAAGAUAUGUUCCAACCUAACAAUACGAAAAAAAAGAUAAUUUCAGCUUUCAUUCGGAUCAGCUAAUCAGCCUAUUUGUUUGCGACCAAAAAAUAUUUGUUUUUCGACAUAAAUUUCUUUCGAAAAAUAGUUUCACAACAAUGCUCAUAUAUUUUGUGCAGUGUGAAAAAUCAACCUAUACUUAUUAUCAUAUAACAUGUUCGGCAAAAGUCAAAAAACUUGCAUGUGAAAGUCGUUAUAAAGCCUAAGAGUUCUUAGAAAAAUCUUAAACUGGUGUAUUCAUCAUGCAAUAUUUUAUAUUAAUAUAUUAAUGUCAAAAUUAAUUAUAGUUUUUGCUUCUGAAACACAAAGAAAGGUGCUACGAAAUAACGUCUCAAAAAUUUAGAGGUAUGUUUUAACAUAAUCCAAUUUUCAAGUUCCAAUAAUGCAUUUUAAUAUUGUUCCUACUUGAAAAGCUCAAAGUGAAUUCAUGAAUUUCAGUAUUUUUUAAAGUUAAGUAUUAUUUUGUAAGUCAUAAGGUUUAAUUUUAAAAAGCAAUGGGAACGAUUCCGUCCAAAUUAUGCAUUGCAUUCCAAAGGAAUAGUUAUAAUAUUUUUUUCUUGUAAAUAUAUUUUAUAUACAAAGAUUAUAUUUCUGUAAAUAAUUUCAUUCGUAUUUAUUAAGCUUAUUUUAAGUUACAAUUUAAGUUGAAAAACAAUAAAUUAUA